AUGAAAGAAAAUCAAUUGAAAAGUUUAGUAUUUAAUAAUGAAAUCAAAAGUAAUAAAAGGGAAAAAGGGACCAAAGAUGAUGACAAUAGUGAUGAAAGCCAGAAUUACAUUGACGAGCUUCAAAAAUAUAAGCAGAGCUUUUAUAUAAUCAAAAAAACCAUAAGUCUUUUAAAAAAUUAUUAUAAUAACAAAAUUAAUAAGACUGAAAGUUUAAGAGUAUCCGAAAAAAAAAAACUUUUUUAUUUGAAAAAGAAAUCUGUAAUAUUGGAGGAUAAGUGUACUUUUUAUUCUGAACAUGUAGGAGAGUUAAACAAAAUAUAUAUAGAUCAAAUAAAUAAUAAAAAUAAAAAGAUACAAAAUCUACAAUAUGAAUUAGAACAAAUGAAUAAGGAUGAAGUCGAAAGUGAAACGAGUAACAACAUUUUAAAAUUAAGAGAGGAUCAAAUUGAAAGAUUGUCUCAGCAACUUGACUCAAUAAAUAACUUGUAUCAUAAGCAAGUUGAUGUUAACAAAAACCUUAUUUCUGAAAUUGAAGAUCUUAAUAAAAAUAUACACUAUCUUAAUAACAAAAUUCAGGACGAAAAAAAUAAUCGGAAUAUUUUAAGGAAACGGUUUAAAUAUUACAAAAAGUAUAAUAAAAAUAAAAAAGGAUUCAAAUUUAAUCCAAAUAUAUUUAAUGAAGAGGAAUAUAAAAAAGAAAAAAUAAACCAAAACGAAGAUAUAUGUUUUUCGAUUUUGUGUUUUCUUAAAACAGAAUUAGAUUUGAUUGAUGAUAAAAAAAAAAUAUAUAUUAAAGAAAAGGAGUCAAAAAAUAAUAAUUUCUUUAAAAAAAUAAUUAAUUCAAAUUAUAAAAGAAAAAAAAAAGAAAGCAUUUUUGAAACAAUAUAUAAAAAGCAAUUUUUUUCCCUUUAUGAAAAUAGAUUUAUUGAAGAUGAUAUAAAAUUUGAAAAAAAAAAUAUUUUUUCUAUGUUUUUAAAACAUGCAAAAAAAAGUGAUAAAAAUAAUGGAGAUAGUAAUAUAAAUGAUAAUAAUAAAAAAAAUUAUGAAAUUAAAAAACGUAGCAAUAAUAUUGUUAAUAAAAAUAAAAAAAAUACAAAUGAUAAAGGAGAAAAUAUAAAAAAAUCCAAUAAUAUCCCUGAAGGUGCUGAAAAUAAUAAUAGCAAAUGGAAUUAUUUAACACUUAACAAUAUAUAUUUUUAUAACAAUCCAACUGAUAAUUUUGAUGAUAAAAAUAAAGAAAAUAUAAAACAAAAUGGAAAUGAAAAUAAAUUUUAUAAAAGUUAUUCUUUAAAUGAUAAUCAAGAAAAUGUUGAACCAUAUAAUUUGAAAACUACUACACACACUAAACAGGGAGGUAACAAUAAACGUAAUAAUCGCACAAAUAACAAAAGAAAUACUUUAAAUUUAAAUAAUUUGGAUAAUUAUAAGGACAAUGAUAGUAUAGAAGAGGUCAAAUUUGAGAAAAAAAACAAUGAGGUUGAAGAAAUAUAUUCCGAUAACUUUUAA